CGAAAGUUCCGGCGAGUGUUUGUGUGUGUGUGUUGGUGCUCUUGGACAGAUCAAUGGACAAGAUGGAGGUGGCACUGGACUCCAGGAUGCAGUGCAUCAAGAUCCUGUCCAGUUCUAGCUAGAAAUGGAUGGUAUGGUCACUCGAAAAACAGUUGACCGGAAGUUCCUGCGAAGGAUUGUGUGCUUUUGGACAGAUCACUGGAUAAAUAUGGAUGGAUAUGGAGCUUUUGCAAUGAUUACUGGAUGUAUAUACGGAGGUGUAUCAUUGAAGACUCCAGAGCAUCGAAAACGUCUUCAGACAACUGCAAUUCGGAUUUCUGCACAGUUGAAGCCCUCCAACGAAGCUACCAAGAUGCUGAAACAAUCCUUGAUCCUGAUUCUUAUCCUUUGGAUUACUGUUUGCUGUUUCUCCGCUGAACUACCGGGAAAUGCCUACUUGCCGCCUUUGAGGAUUAAACAUACAGUUCCAGAUGAAUCCUUACCGGAAGGCAAUGGCUUUCUCUUCGAUAUUGACCAGGACUCGUUUGAGAGAUAUGCUCCCAUCUUUGUGGACUACCCAGGGAUUCAUCAUCUUCUGAGACAGCAGCAGGAAUACGCCUUGGAUCUGCCCUUCGAGGGAAAACCAUAUGAGCGGAAAAUUCCAGAAGUUGAUAAUGAUUUUGUGGCUAAAAGGAAUUGGUAGAGAGUUUUGU